GUCCACGGAGGUGAAAAACUACAAUAAAUACGAGCUUUGGGCUGGUGUUUGGGUUGGUGUGUGUGUGUGGCCGGUGUCUACCUCCGUCUUUCGGGGACAUGGCUAACGGCCGCUCUCCGGCUACAUCAGCGACUCUGCUGUGAAGGUGCUGAGUGUGUGUUAGAGAGUGAGCAGUGAGGAGUGAGCAGUGAGGAGUGAAGCUCUGCUGCUGCGGUGUGGACACAGACACAGACACAGACAACACGGCGGCGGUCCUCAUCCGCUAAGGCCUUGGCUUCACUGAAAGGGAGAGAGAUGGAGCGGAGCUGAUGGUGUCCGAGACAGCGGCCCGAACAGCCUCAACAUAGUGACCGCCAUGGACAUACAUCCACUAUGCACUAAACUUUGCCAUCAUAAAGCCGUGGAGCUGAAGGAUGAUGUGUGCGAGAAGCAGAGCGCGGUCACCAUUAACCCACGGCACAUGAGGAAAGCCUUCAGGAUUAUGAACGAGCUGCGCAGUCAAAGUGUCUUGUGUGAUGUGACCAUCGUUGCGGAGGACGUGGAGAUUGCAGCACAUAGAGUGGUUUUGGCUGCUGGAAGCCCGUAUUUCCAUGCCAUGUUUACAGGUGAGAUGAGUGAAAGCAGACAGAAGAAGGUCCGGAUAAAGGAGAUAGAUGGCUGGACGCUGGGGAUGCUGAUUGACUACGUUUACACUGCCGAGAUACAGGUCACUGAAGAGAAUGUACAGGUGCUCUUGCCUGCUGCUGGUCUCCUCCAGCUGCAGGAAGUGAAGAGAGCAUGCUGUGAAUUUCUGUCCACUCAGCUUCACCCCACCAACUGCCUCGGCAUCCGUGCCUUCGCUGACCUGCACGCCUGCUGCGACCUUCUCAACCUGGCCAACACUUACGCAGAACAGCACUUCUCCGAGGUGGUGCAGUGUGAGGAGUUCCUGAACCUGGGCAUGGAGCAGGUGUGCAGCCUCAUCGCGAGUGACAAACUCACCAUACCAUCUGAAGAGAAGGUGUUUGAGGCCGUCAUCGCCUGGGUCAAACAUGAUAAGGACGUGCGGCAGGAACAUAUGGCUCAUCUGAUGGAACAUGUGCGCCUGCCUCUCCUCUCUCGGGAGUAUCUUGUUCAGAGGGUGGAGGAAGAAUCGCUGGUAAAGAACAGCAGUGCCUGUAAAGACUACCUGAUUGAAGCCAUGAAGUACCACCUGCUGCCAGCAGACCAGCGCUCUAUGAUGAAGACCGUCCGCACCAGGGUGCGCACACCCGCCAGUUACCCAAAGGUGAUGGUGGUCGUAGGGGGACAGGCUCCUAAAGCUAUCCGCAGUGUCGAGUGCUAUGACUUUGAAGAGGAGAGAUGGUUCCAGGUAGCUGAACUACCUUCCAGACGAUGCCGAGCAGGUGUGGUGUAUAUGGGUGGCACAGUGUAUGCUGUUGGAGGCUUUAAUGGCUCUCUGAGGGUGAGGACAGUGGAUGCAUAUGACCCUGUAAAGGAUGAGUGGUGCUGUGUGAGCAGCAUGCAGGACCGGAGGUCAACACUAGGGGCUGCUGUUCUUAAUGGGCUCCUCUACGCUGUGGGUGGUUUCGAUGGCAGCACAGGCUUGGCUACUGUUGAGGCGUACAACGCCAAGACCAAUGAAUGGUUCCAUAUAGCUCCCAUGAACACCCGGCGCAGCAGUGUGGGAGUGGGAGUGGUCGGAGGUAUACUGUAUGCUGUUGGUGGAUAUGAUGGAGCGACGCGUCAGUGUCUGAGCACUGUGGAGGCGUAUAACCCGAACACUAAUGAGUGGACCUACAUAGCAGAGAUGGGCACUCGGCGCAGUGGAGCAGGUGUGGGUGUGCUAAAAGGGCUGCUGUAUGCAGUGGGAGGACAUGAUGGCCCAUUGGUCAGGAAGAGCUGUGAGGUGUACGACCCCGCCUCCAAUACCUGGAAACAGGUGGCUGACAUGAACAUGUGCCGUCGGAACGCAGGUGUGUGCGCGGUCAAUAAUCUGCUGUAUGUGAUCGGAGGUGAUGACGGCUCCUGUAACCUGGCGUCAGUGGAGUAUUAUAACCCCAGCACGGAUAAGUGGACCAUACUACCCUCCUGCAUGAGUACUGGGCGCAGCUACGCAGGAGUGACGGUCAUUGAUAAACCUCUUUGAGUGGUUGGAGUUGAACCCUGUUGAAGUGGAAGCUGUUAAGCUGUUGUGAUGCUGAAGAGUGGCUCACGCUGAAGCUCUUGACGAGGCUGAAGCUUCGCCCUGAAGCUGCUUCACCACAGAGAUGGCCUGAGGAACACUACUCUCUCUCUUCUCUCUCUCUCUUCUCUUCUCUCUCUCUCUCUCUCUCUCUCUCUCUCUCUCUCUCUCUCUCUCUCUCUCUCUUCUCUCUCUCUUCUCUCUCUCUUCUCUCUCUCUCUCUCUCUCUCUCUCUCUCUCUCUCUCUCUCUCUCUGACAUACACACAGUCUUACAUAUGCACUCUCAUUUACGCAUUCAUAAUCUCUCUCUCUCUCUCUCUCUCUCUCUCUCUCCCUCUCUCUCCCUCUCUCUCCCUCUCUCUCUCUCUCUCUCUCCUCUGAGAGUAGCUAACAGUAUGAUGAAGAUUAUUGCACUUUUGCAGUGAAGUACUAACCAAGCUGGAGGGAAGGUUUUGAACCCUAACACAACCGUUUUAGCUUGUGAGAUCAGACAUGAGCGGAAAUGCAUCGUAAAACACUGACGUGACGUCGAGUCUGAUCGUGGGGGUGGUGGUCGAUGUGGAGACAGGAAGGAACCUCUUGGUGAACUGUUUUUGCUCAUUGCAGAUGAACGCAUCAUGAUGAAAUGGACCAGCACUUUCUGGCCUGUCUGAAGCUCUGGACCUCGCAACGUCACUGGACUGAAGAGAAGCUUUUUACGAUCGAAGGAUGGACUAGUUCUGAUUUUACUGCUAGAAACAGGUGCUGUUUGCCUACAAAUGACUGCGGCCUCAAGCGAACAAAGUCAACUUUUGAGGUCAACUUGCACAUUUCUCGAGUUUGUGUGCCAAACUAUGUUUGAAGAGUCUUAACGCUGAGUAUUUGCAUUUGUUGAUUUCGUAUGGAAUAUGUCUUUUAAUUGUGAUCCAAUUGCGUGUGAAUUGCGGUUAUUGAUAUAUUAGUGAUGCGCUGAUCUAUUGCUGCGUGUGUCUGGGCAUGCGCGACGCUGCGGACUGCUGCCGGCUGCUUGGACAUGGAAGCACUUUGCAUGGAUCUCGGUUCUCGUGUUUUUUUUCCGUGUGCGUACUGUUUUUAAACUACUGCUGUAGUCCGUUCAGUUAAGAAUGUGACACGCGCGCUUUCUCUACCAACUGUUCUGAACACUGACCAAAUGUGUGGGGGAAAAAAAAAAACAAAUCCCUCUUGUGCUUUCUUUCUUCUUUCUUCCUUCCUUUCUUCUUUCUUCCUUCCUUUCUUCUUUCUUCCUUCGUUUCUUCUUUCUUCCUUCGUUUCUUCUU